AUGAUAUCAAGGGAAUCAUCAUCAGAUCUCUCUGAAGAAUGCAUCAUUGAGACUGAGAAAGACAGCUUAGUUGACCAUUCUCAUUAUAAACCAAAGAGGCGUCGCUCCUGGUCAGCCUCAAGGGCUCAUGUUGUGAUCCUCUAUGUUAUGAACAUACUUUUACUGGUUGUUGCUGGUGUUCUGGUAUCGCAGCUUGCUCAGAGGCCUUUCCAAGACCCCACGGUUGGAGUAUAUUCACCGGCAAAUGAUGCGAUAGAAUAUGUUAAAGAAUUCAAAUUUCGCGCCGCGCUCUUCGAGAAAACCCCGUACAUGGGAUUCCCCAGUGAUGAGACUGACAGACUGUGGGAAGAACUAUACAACUUUGGGAUAUCCAAAAUAUCCGAAGAAGAGGCAAAAUUGCUUUCACACCCUACGCUAACAAUUCCUGGAACGAAUGAAUACCUCGUGCAGUUAGAUAUAUGGCAUGAGCUGCAUUGCCUUAACGAUUUACGCAUGUUGCUUUACCCAGAGCGCUUCCCAGGUAUAGCAGGCGUGACAGAUAAAAAUGGAGUGAUUGAUCGGGAAAGAAUUGAAUUUCGGCAUUGGGAUCAUUGCGUGGACUCUAUUCGAGAGACGCUCAUGUGCCAUGCAGAUGUUGCUCCCAUUCCUUUCAGGGUCAAUUUCCCGGCUAAUCAGGUCAUCGUGCCACGCCUUGCCACGACACAUACAUGCCGGAACUUCACUAAGAUUCAGGAAUGGGCAAAGGAACAUAGAGCAGGGUAUUGGAAUUACAAUGUUACAGCCGAGGAGGCCGAAGAGAUCAUCAAAACGUCGGGGUUUGACAACGCUCCGUGGGAGAACAUCCAGGACCAGUACAUGGCAUUUCCGGGGAAUACGUUCUUCAAGUAUUGGAGAGAGCACCCAGAUGAAGCUGAAGCAGCAAGGGGAAAUGAAGCAUAG